UAUUAUUAUUAUUUUUUCAAAAGGGCUUUGAAAUCAAGAAUUUAUAUAUGGACUAGUUACUAUAUAAUGUAUUUAGAUACAAUGAGAAAUAAAACAAGUGAAUUAAAAAUAGACUUGGAAGAUAAUGAAAUAAUAUUGCUGGGGAACGCUUCUGAAUCAGCAGGAAAAUUAUUAAAAGGAACCAUCACUUUGUUCUUGUCAGAGCCUACCAAAGUACGUUCAGUUACGUUAGUAUUUACGGGUAAAAUGAAAGUAUCUUGGUCUGAAGGAAUUGGACAUCAUCAACACUAUCAUAAACAAGAAAAAGAAAUUAUUGAACACAAGUGGCAAUUUAUACCUAUUGUCACAGAUCAUCAACUUACUACUAGCAAAAAGACAGUAUUUACUUUAGCAGCUGGUGAACACAAAUGGAAUUUUGAACAUUUUUUACCUGGAAAUUUACCACAAUCCUUAGAAGCAGAAGGUGGACAGGUAGUAUAUCGUUUAAAGGCCGUCGUUGAACGUACAGCAUUUGUACAAAAUAUAGUGAAAAAGCAAACAGUCAAGAUCAUACGUUGUAUGUUACCCUCUGAAUUUGAAUUAAUGCAAAGUAUGGAGAUCCAUAAUACUUGGGCAGAGAAGAUCGCUUAUAAUAUUUUGUUACCUUCUAAAGUAUAUGCACGAGGACAACGUUUACCUGUCAACUUCAACAUCACCCCACUCGCUACUCAAUUACGAGUUCGUUCACUGACUUGUACCUUAAAAGAAUAUUGUACUUAUUCAACAAGUGAAAGUUCAAAGACAGACAAUCGAAUUGUAAGACAAGUACGUGUAGAGGAUCCCUUUGUCAAUUGUCCUGUCUUGACAGAGCAUAAUCCGAUAUCGAUCAUUUGGACAAAAGAAUUGGUCUUGGAGAUUCCACCUUUAUCAUCUCAUCUUGCCUUUUGUGAUGCUGAUAAUGAAAUGAUUCGUAUUCGACAUAAACUCAAGUUUUUCAUCUGUCUUAUCAAUGCAGAUGGCCAUCUCUCUGAAUUACGUUGCUCAGUACCCAUCAUCAUUAUUUCCUCCUUUUCAGAACAAACUGAAAUCAAUACCCUACCAGCAUAUGAACAAGCAUGGCAAACUACACUUUGUGUCGAAGGUUUAACAACGACUCCAGCGAUCGAUAUACCACAACCCUCAUCAUCAGAACACUUUAAUAAUAAUAAUACUACUACUAAUAAUAAUAAUCAUCAUAAUCAUAAUAAUCAUAAUAGGUCCACUAUGGAGCUUCCAUCUAAUAAUAGACCUUCCUUUACAUCAUCUGAUAGAGGAGACCCCCUAUGGUGGAAUGGUCAAGAUCUAUCUCGUGUUCCAUCUUAUCGUACUGCAGCAUUACAAGAAGCUGUACCUUUAUCAAAUUCACUUCCCUCUUAUGAUCAAUUAUCAUUAUCACCUAGGCAUCAUACAAUGUUUGAACAAUUAUCUAUUACUCCCUCUACUAAUAGUCAUCAACAUCCUACACCUCCCCACUCAUCUUCAUCUUCUUUUUCUUCUUAAUAUACUAAUGACUGGAAAAUAAACCUUCUUUUAUUAUUAUUAUUAUUAUUAUUCA